GCGCCCAAUCAGUGACUCUCCACUUGCCGUACGCUUCAGUUGCUGCCGCUCUCCACAUCAUCAACAUGGGACUCGAGAAACUUUUACCCUGCACCGUGAAGCUUUCCAAUAUUUUGGCCAAGUCCGGUCACGAUGUGCUCUGUGUGAUUGACCGGGCUGUGCCCGCCGAGCUGGCUGACGUCUUUGAGGAGCAUCGGUCCUUCGACAAGGCUUUCGACAGCGUCGUCUCCUGCUUCAAGUCUGCGAAUCUCGACGUGCCCGUCAUCUAUGCGCCCGUAGAGGAGCUAACGGACUAUGCGGAUGUGCGCAGCUAUCAGAAGGCGGCAGCUCAAUCGCUACAGAGAGCCAUCAAGGCUGGCUUCCAGGCGCCACUUUUGGUGGUGCCCCAAAGCAAGCGCUUUUCCCAGGCGGAGCUGUGCACGGUCCUUGGGGCUCUCGAGGAGCUUUAUGUGCCCAUUCAGUUGCGUGAGGAUGUCCCAUCGAAGAAGCAGCGCAUCAAUUCGCUCUCCGUGCUGAUCAACAAUCCCAAUGCUGAGAAGAUCAUGCAGGAGGCGUUGGUCCUGGAAUCGGGUCGUCUCAUUGCACGCGACAUCGGAGGUGGAGAUCCGGAGCGCAUGGCCCCACCACUUGUGGAGGCCUACAUUAAGCCGUUGUUUGCCAAUCUGUCCGUCAAUGUGAUCGACGAUGUGGACGUGAUCAACAAGGAGUAUCCGCUGUUCGCAGCUGUCAACCGUGCUGCCCAUACAGUGGAGCGCCAUCAGGGACGCAUUAUCUACCUGGAGUAUAAGCCGCCCAAUCCGGCGCGCAAGACUGUUAUGCUGGUGGGCAAGGGCGUCACCUAUGAUACGGGCGGUGCUGACAUCAAGGCCGGAGGCGUCAUGGCCGGCAUGUCGCGGGACAAGUGCGGAGCAGCAGCUGUGGCCGGCUUCAUGCAAGUGGUUAGCGAGCUGAAACCGAAGGACAUCCAUGUGAUUGGCGCCCUCUGUCUGGUGCGCAACUCCGUGGGCGAGGAGUGCUACGUGUCCGACGAGCUGAUUACCUCGCGGGCAGGCGUCCGCGUGCGGAUCGGAAAUACGGACGCUGAGGGUCGCAUGUGCAUGGCCGAUGUGCUCUGCCGCAUGAAGGAGCUGGCCAUCGAGGGCAAUCUGCCCGAUCCGCAUAUCUUCACCAUUGCCACGCUGACGGGCCACGCCUUCAUCUCGGCGGGCGAGGGUCAAUCCAUCAUUGUGGACAACAGUGUGGCCGCCAAGGAGGAUCACGCUCGCAAGCUGCAGGCCGCUGGCCAGGCCUACGGUGAACCCUUCGAGGUCUCUGUGCUGCGGCAAUGCGAUUUCGAUUUCAAUGCCGCCAAAGCCAGGGGCGAAGAUGUCGUCCAGGCCAACAAUGCGCCGUCCGUGAAGACUCCGCGCGGUCACCAAGUGCCCGCCGCCUUCAUGAUAAAGGCCACAGGCCUCGACAAGCAUGGCGUCAACUCUAAGCAGCCCCUCAAAUACACCCAUCUGGAUAUCGCUGGCAGCGCUGGCGAGUAUCCCAACAUGCCCACUGCUGCGCCCAUCGUAGCGCUGGUCAAGACCCAUCUGGUCGACUAGACGAGCGUCAGCGACUCCCGAGGGGCAUUUAUCAGACUUAUAGCAAUGCGCCGUACUUAUCCUUAUGUAAUCAAUGUAUGCAUCACAUCUAUAUUAAUGUUCGUGUGAAUAAACGCUUUUGUAACUAAUGA